UUAUGGAGAUGCCAAUGAAAAAUUUGAAAGCAGCGAAUAUUCUAGAGGAUUUAGAAUCAAAGCUUGCAUAUAUUCCAGGCGGUCGUGAUCACGACGGACGACCUUUAAUAGUAAUAAAUGUUCCACCAGAAUUUGAUUCAGCAACGAAAUCAAAAUUAGAGUCCCUCAUUUUAUAUUUUAUAUCAAUUUUCAGCGACGAGACGAAGGAAAAUGGAUUGGUUCUAAUUGUAGACGCGCGUCAUAGUGCAUGGCGCGUAACUAGAUCUUGUAUUAGACUUUCUACGAAUCUGAUAGGAUCUAAAGUCAUUUCUGUGAUCGUGAUACGGCCGGAUGGUUUUUGGGAUAAACGUGUCGACAGUUGUACCAAAUCUCACAAAGAAGGCGAACCACUAUACAUUACUCUAACGAGGCUGCAUGUGUACAUCGAUUUUUCUCAAUUACCGUACGAAUUAGCAGGUAACAAGGCGUACAAUCACAUGGAAUGGAUUAAGAAACGUAUGAAAAUAGAAAAUUAUUCGAAAGAUGCAUUAGAGCUUGUAUCGAAGAUGACAAAUUUACAUCAAAAAUUGAAUACUUUUGAUGGUAUUCGUAUGCAAUCGAAUGACGUGGAGUCUUAUUGGGAAAUGGGCAUAGUAUUGUUAUCAACGGCACGUCAUGUACUUCAAUCAGGUAGGAAUUUAGUAAGUUCCAUGAGUAGAGAAUCCUCUAAGGAUAUUUUGGAUACGAUUAAAGGAAUUCAUAAGCUACUCGAUUCUAUUGAAUUAAAACAGAUGGACAUUGAAAAUUCAUGGACAGAAAUGGAACGAAAUCUGGAUACUGCGAGAGUAAUCGAAAAUCUGGAACAGGGUGUAUCAAGCGUUACUGAUUGGAUCUUGGGUCCAGCAGACGUAAUGCUGAACUCUUGUUGUCAGGUUGGUUUCGACGUUUCUUCAUCCGAGGAACUCCGAAGGCAACACGAAAAAAUUGAGCUUCAAUGCCGGGAGACUUAUGGGCGAUAUGCAGAGCUGCUUCAUAAAAUUGAUAGUCUACCUAAAAGUAAACUACCAGAAGAUUUAAAAUCUCAAAGAGAUUUUAUGGACUUUGUUUGUCGUAGCUUCGCUUCACGACUCGAAAGACGUAGAAAUGUAUUAAUCACUUCGCAAAGAUUCUUUAGACUCGUUUCUGAGUACUUCGAUAAGACUAGUGAAGUAUUUGAGCAAUUAGUCAUGGGCAAUAGGAAUUACAACUUUUCUCAAGCAAGCAUUAAACUCUUAACUUUGGAAAAAAGUCAAACGAUUUUAGACAGUUUAGAACGCGAGCUUAUAAAAGAAGGUGAAAAAUUGUCGGACAUUCUUUCUAUGCCCGUAAAGGAUGCACUUGGUCGAGAAGUUCAUGUAAAUUACGAUGAAGAUAUCGUCAAUGUCAAAGAUAUACUAGAUGCGACAAAUGCCAGAAAGAAUAUAUUUAAUGACAGUGUAGAAUUACAAAAGCUGUCAUUGAAACAGAUAGCUUUGAUAUACAUGUACGAGAGCGAUGCCGAACAAGCUGUUAAAUGGUUAAAUGAUUUAUUCAAUGUUUUACUUCGAAAUCACAUGGAAGUUGGUUGUAAUGUCAAGGAAAUACAAUUGCAAAAAGAGGAACACCAAUCUUUUCAAGAAACAGCAAAAGGAACUUACGAAUAUGGUGGUCAAUUGGUGACUGGAGCACGUGUACUAAGAUUAUCUUGCAGAAUAUCUUUAGAGGGUAACGCUAAUCUAUCUUCAAAAUUACGACAUGCUUGGCGACAAUUCCGAUCUGUUAGUCAGGAACAAUUAACCCGACUACGAGUAUGCGCUGUUUUUCAUAGAAACGUCGAAGAUCAUUGUACCGGAUUACAAAAUUUGGCGGAAACAGUGACGGCUUUGUAUCAUUUUGCAAAAGAUGAAGAUGCAGUGGCAAAAGUACGCAUCAAAGAAAGUAUAAGAGAUAUCCUUGAUAAUCGAGAGAAACUUUUAUUGGAAGUUGGUCGGAUGGUAAGAUUAGGUCGUCUCCUUAAGACGAGGUUGAAGGAACCUCUUUAUAAUCAACCGAUGUCUAAAGUUGAGGAUGCUUCGAUCUUUGGUGAUAAUUUGACAGCAGUCGAAGCUAUCUCGGCGAAAUUAGCGGAAGUUACGCGUCUCGCGGAAAAACUGGAUGCGAGACUAUGUGAAGCUGGAGCUAAAACUCGACCGAUGUCUAUUCCUGCCGUUGUGACGUCUUCUGCUUCGUCCUUGUUCUCGAUACCUGCUAUGUCGCUGUCAAACGAGUCCAUGCAUACGGCUUCUAACACGACUACAUUGAUGUCGAAUAUGACAACUUCAGCCGUAUCUAUAAUUGCUGAAAUGCAACCAAUAACUUCGGAAAUUGUAGCUACAAAAAUCAAAUCUGAUGUAAUUAAAUCUAUUACUCCUCCAAUGGAAAAAUUUGAUGACAGUUCAUUUCAUAUUCGUUCGCAAUCUAUGGAAAAUGUCGAAAUAUCAAAUAAAGAUUUUAAUUCUAAGGAACUUAUCGAAAAGUCUCGUAGCGAAAGUGCAAUAGGAGAAUAUAAUGUGGAGGGUUAUACAACAGCAACUGAAUGUUCAACAACUCCACCUCCACGUUCGAGAAGUGAAUCUUUCGUAACAUCGCCGGAAUGCGAAGAUCUUUCUGCACCCGUGAUGACAUAUUCUGGUUCCACUUGGUGGACCAUGGAAAAGCCUAAACUAAUAACUACAAUUGCACCUCUUACUUCUUCUUCGAUCAAUGAAAAUCAAAAAUUUCCUGAAACAACAUCAAAUAUUUCAACUAUCAGUGGAAUAAACCCAACAGUACAAAUGAAAACAAUGGAUAAAAUUACUAAUGAAAAGUCAAACAAAAUUAUAAAAGAAGUUACCGAGACAACCGUUUUGCGUGUUUUGCACGACAUUCGAUUAGGCGUAGCCUCUUAUAAAGUGAUAUCAAAUACCGUGCAAGACCAUCGGCAAUAUAUUGACGUGAAAGAUAUUCAAAAAGUAGAAGGUGUGCUAGAAGCAGAAUCGCGCGAAAAAACAGAUGACAUUCACUAUCAUCUCGAUUUAUCUUCGUUCAAAGAACCUAAAAAGUAUACUGGCAAAAGUUCGAAAAAAGUGCAAUCGGAUCAAAAUAUUGCAACGAAAAUCCGAGAACAUGUGUUGAAUGAAAGCACAUGCUCUAAUUUAAGAGAAUAUGAGGAUACACCGUUGCCUUCGCAAAAUCUUUUACGACAUUAUGAGGAUAGCGAAAUUAAAAUAUCAUCGAUGCAGAAAGAUAAUUUAGAAGGUGAAGAUUUUCUUGAAAAAACAAGAAAGAUAAAAUUAACAAUGAUGGUGGAUGGUCCUGAUUCAAUGGCACACGUGCAUCCCGAAAGAUCUGUUGAGACAAAUUCCGAAAUUGUCAUGCAAAGAAAUGAGGAUACGCCACAACAAAUCAUCUCUCCAACUACUACUAUAAGUACCAUUGCUGUGCAAAGUGGAGAAACGCGUGUAGUAAUCGCUUUACUUCAAAGCGGCGAAUGGCUAAAGCUGAAAAUACUCGAGCUACAACCAGAAUUAACGAAACUUGGUGCUUCCGUAAAAGAAGCCAUGGAACUUUCGAACGCACACGAUCAAGUGUUACUCCGAUUACAGAAUAAACAAAGCCCGGUAGAAGAAUUAUUGCGACAAGCUGAUCAAUUAAUCACGACUCAGAGACCAAGAGCAGAAGUAUACACUGCCAUGGCGGAGACAUUAGGUCAAGCAUGGCACGAUAUAAAUCAACUUUUAGAACGUCGUAAGAAAAUACUUGACCGAAACGUAUUAUUUCAAUGUCGUGCGGCAGAAUGUAGAGAACAUAUGGAGGCGUUGGAAAUGGCAUGUAACAACACAUUACUACCGAUCGAAAUAGAAGCAGUAAAAAGUUUUCUAUCGAAGAUUCAGGAUCUUCGCAAAGAUAUGUUGGAAGGAUUGAUGGGUGCUUUGCGGGAGGGUAAAACAUUGCUGGAUGAACUUAAGGAAUUGAUAAACGAAGGCACUUUAGAUUCUAGGUCGGAUACGAUUAAAGAUGAAGCUAAUCAUGCCGUAUUACGAGUUGAAAAAUGGCUGGAAGAACUACACGAUAGAAGGCGGUUGAUCGAGACAAUUUUUCGUAGCAGAAAAACUCAAUUGGAGCAAUGUCUUGCUCUCGCGCUGCUCGCGACCGAUCUUCGUAAUCUCGAAGAAAUUCUCAAUGACAGAAUUGCUGCAUUAGAGGGCAGUUGCAAUCAAUUGGGAGAUUCUGUAUCUAAUGCAGAAUUGCUUCUUUUUGAAUUAAAAAAGUUGCAAAUCGAAGCAAAGGAAUUUCAAGAUAAAGCUAUUAAAAUAACUAAAUCGACCGAACGAUUAGUGUCAUCGGGACACUUUGCAGGUGAACAAGCGACCGAGCAGGCGUUUGCGAUUCUUAGCACCGCUACCGAUUAUAUUAACGAUUUAGACCAAUAUAACCUGUUGUUGGAUAAAACAACGGCUUUUUUUGAUUUGGUACAAUCGGCUAUCACAAAACUGGACCAGUUAGAAAUUCAAUUAAUAACAACGGAAUAUCCUUCUUAUUCUCCACGACUCGCACGUCUUCAUGCACAAAUAGUGGCUAUGAUAGAAGACGUAAUUUCAAAGCCAUUGUCAGAAGGAUAUGCAUUAUUAGAUAUUACGGGAAGAGAAGCACCUGGUGCCGAGGGUGUAAGAAAUGCUGUAGAAAAAUUGGAAAAUCGCAAAUUUUCUUUGAUGAAACGGUGUACAGUUCAUAAGGAAGAAAAUUUAGAGAUUUCGAGAAUACUAACUACAUUUUUAGAUAAGCAUAAUACUUUACAAGCUUGGCUAACUGAUAUUGUUAAAGUCUUUCUCCAAAAGCAUCAAAAUAUGGGCAGCGAUUUGGCAAUGGCGUGUGAUUUUCGUCAAACUCACUGCCAAUUAUUAGCCGAAUUGGAAAAUAAAAGUGAGGAGGUAGAUCAUUUAGAGCUGGAAAUUCUUCCAAUUAUAGAACGCCUGGACGAGAUACAAAAAUACGAAUUACAAUUAAAAAUAAAAAAUCUUGAAGACGAAUGGACAAAAACAAAGAUUACAAUAGUAAAAAGAAUCAAAUUGAAUACCCUUUAUAUACAGUUCUAUGAAAUUGUGAACGAACUGACUUAUGAAAUGGAUUUUAUCGAUAACGAACUGAAAAAGCAUGAAGAUGUGUUAGAUGAGGCUAGGUUUAAUGAAAUAGAAGAAAGAUGGAAAUCUUUUGAGUCUCUUUACAAAAAACUUGAUAAUCACGCAAAGACAUUUCUCAAUGAAAUAAACAACAUUGAUGACUUUUAUCUCAAUGUAUCGCAAGCUUGUGUGUGUGUUCAAACUCUUUUAGAAAAGUUUGUCAAUCGGCAAUUAAUUAUAAUAGAAUGGAGGAAAAAAUGGCAGAUUACUGUCCAAGUAAUAAGACAAAGGCGAAUGGAAUGUGAGCAAAAAAUAGAAGAGAGUAAAGAGACAUUAGCGUGGAUAACAAAAUUUGAAAUGACAUUGUAUCCAAUAAUAACAACACAAUCUUCUAAAAUAGUUGAUAUUUUGGAUAAUUUACAAGAUGUAAGAAUUCAGAUUUCAUCUAAAUUAAACAAAGCUUUUCAUGAAUUGGAUAUCAAAAUCAAAAGUAUUCAAGUAUUUGUCGAAACAGGUGAAGCUAAAGCAACCGAGCAAAUUUUAGAAAAACUCAUGCAAAUGCGUGAAAAAAUGAACACUGUCAUCAAAGAUUACGAUAUAUUAUUAGAAUCUUUAAUUUUUAUCUUUAGAAAUCUUGAAGAGAUUGAGCAUAAAAUUGAGGAAGCAAAACAAGAAGUUGAACACGUCUCAAGUUUUACAAAGUUGAUUGAUGUGGAUGGUUCUUUAAAUAAAUUUAAUAUAUUAAAAACGUUUAUUACGGAAUCUUUAUUACAAAUACAUACAAAAUCUGAAGAAAUAAUAGACAACAUUAGACAGGAACCGCUAGAAUCAGCAACACAAGACAUUGAGAAACUGAACCGCACGAUAGAUUCUGUACGCAUCAAAUUUGAGUUAUUCCAAACCGAAACGUCAAACCGUCUCGAAGAACAUCGGCAUCUGUGUAUUUUUAGAGAGGAUAUUGAAAAAAUUAAUUACGAUCUACGUGAAUUAAACGAACAGUUAAAAAAUAUGGAUGGAAGAAUUGGUGACAAUUUAUCAGUUUUGAAAGCGACAUUAACUGCUUUUGAACAGUUUGAGCAAACAAUAACGAUUUUAGACAAAAGAAUUGAAACUUUUAUAAAAAAAACAGAAGAGACAAUUGUUCCAUUAACUCCACAAGUGACGGAUGAAAUUUUAUCUCUGCGCAACAGAUGGGAUCAUCUGAGGAAACAUGUUAGAGAUACCAAAAAAAGAAUGCAUUUAAGUAAUGAUUAUUUCAUACUCUUAGAAGAAGCUAAACAGUGGUUCAGGGAAGGUAACAAACUUUUGGUGAUUAUUGCACGUAAAGCAACAGCCGUAAAAGUGUCUGAAGAAGCUAUUGAUUUACUGCAAGAGAUUGAUGCUUAUAUAAAGCCAGGUGAAGAUCAACAGGAAAAGAGAAUUGAGAAGUUGAAACAAUUAUCGACAAUAGUUUUCGGUACAGACAGACUUCCGCAAUUUAACGAAGUGAUAGUAGAGAAUCGGCAAAUGCUAGAUUCAUUCGCAGUUAUUUCUUCCGAGUUGCGUACCCUGAGUCAAAAUUUACAGAAUGCCAAAGAUCUCCGAGAGAAGCUGCAAAUCGAGAAGUUAGAAGCUGAUAAAAAGUUACAAGCUGUAAAAAUAGAAAUGGCCGCGAUGGAAGCUGCAAAGAUAGAAGCGGAAAACGCAAAAAAACUUGCGGAACACCUUGCCGCUGAGACUUUAGACAAAGCUGUGAUAGAGGCAAAAAAAUUAAAAGAGGAACAUGCACGAAAAAUUGUUCCUUCCAUUUCUCAUUCCGUCUCUGCCCAAACUGACGAGACCAUAGUUGAAGAAACAAUUCAUAAAACUUCCGCUGUAACAACGAAAGAAAUUCAUAUUCUUCAAAAGAUGGAAAUCGAAAAGGAUGUUCCAGUUAUUCAAAAAGAAGCUGGCCCAUUUAAAAAGCUUGUAUCUGAAGAGAUAUGCGACGAAUAUGCUAAAGAAACACAAAUAAACAAAAUUAUUUCAUUAGCUCCAGAAUUCACAGUUCCUUUGAAUGAUGCAAUGGUUCAAGAAGGCAAAGAAUUCAGUUUUGAAUGUCAUCUAAUUGGUCAGCCGAUACCAGAAAUAGUAUGGUACAAGGAUGGAAUAUCGAUUUUAAAUAAUCCAGACUAUUUAACAACUUAUAUAAACGGCGUUUGUACUUUAAAAAUAGAAGAAACAUUUACUGAGGAUUCUGCUAAAUACACUUGCCGUGCAUUUAAUAUUCAUGGCUCUGUCGAAACAUCGGCCAUUCUCAUUGUCAAAGAAAUUAUCACGGAAGAACAGCCAAAUGUACCUGUUUUCGUGAAAGAAUUGCAGCCCUCUUUUGCGAUGGAAGGAUGCUCUCAUAAAUUAGAGUGCACUGUUAAAGGAAAUCCUCUACCGACAGUACAAUGGUACAAAAAUGAUAUCAACAUCGAUAAUUCUCCGGACUAUAUUAUCACUUUUAAUAAUGGAGAAGCUGUUCUAAAGUUUGAUGAAAUUUUCUUGGAAGACAAAGCUUCGUAUACUUGUAAAGCAGCAAAUCAAUGGGGACAAUCGUCUACUACUGCUUAUUUGGACGUGAAACCCGCGCAAAUUUCUGUGAAGAAACCAUAUUUUGUGGUACCGUUAUCAAAUGCUAUGGUCAAGGCAGGUCAAAAAAUGAAACUAGAAUGCGAAGCUAACGGAGAUCCAAUUCCUAAAUUAAUCUGGACUCACGAUGGAAAAUUAAUUGAAGAAAGCAAAUAUCAUAAAAUUCGAACAGACGGUGCCCGAACAAGCUUGAUCAUCACGGAAGCUUUUCCAAAAGAUGCCGGAUCUUACGCGGUGACUGCCAAUAAUGAAAUCGGGAAAGAUACAACAUCUUGUAUUGUUUCUGUGAAAGGACGUUGGCUUCAUGAAACCAGUGAAUCCGAGCUUGUUUGCAGUGAUAUAGAACUAAUAGUUCCAAAAUUUCAGUUACCUUUGCAAAAUCUUGAAAUUCAAGAAGGACAAUCAGCUAGGCUAGACUGCGUGAUUGUAGGUCAACCUGAACCGGAGGUAAUUUGGUAUCAUGAUGAACAGCCUGUAAAAGAAUCGUCAGACUUCCAAUUACUUUUUCAAGGUGAUCGGUGUUCGUUAGUUAUUCAUGAAGCUUUUUUGGAUGACGCUGGUAUAUAUAAAGUAGUUGCUAUUAAUUCCGCUGGCGAAGCUUCUAGUCAGUGUACAUUAACAAUUAUGCCAACAUCUCACGUCUCAAAAGAACAGGAAGAAACUCUUACCAGCGGUUUUGCUCCAAAAUUCAUUAAACUUCCGACGGACUUGUUGGUGGCUGAAAGCGAAAAUGCAAUUUUCGAAUGUGUCGUAAUUGGAGAACCUAAAUCUGAUUUAAGAUGGUAUUCGGAUGAUGGUGAAAUGAUUCAUAACGAAAGGAUUUUGAUUGGAGAAAGAAAAGAUGGAACAGCCUUUUUGGAAAUUUCAUCAACGAUACCGAAAGAUAAGGGCAAUUAUGUAGCAAAAGCUAUAAAUACACACGGUGAGGCCAAAGCUUUUGCCAGAUUAGUUGUGAAAUCGCUUAGUGAUUUUAAAAGAAACGAAGAAUUUAUCCAGAUGGAAGAAAAAUUGAUUCAGCCAACAUUCAAAGAAACAUUUCAGGACAGGAAAAUACUCGAAGGAGUUUCAAUCAAAUUCGAGUGCAUCGUCAUUGGUAAACCUUCUCCUAAGAUUCAAUGGUUGUUUAACGAGCGGCCGGUUCAUGGGAAAGAUUUUCUAGUUUCCGUUAGCGGAGAUCGACAAGUUUUAACAAUUCCUGUAGUCAGAGAUGCACACGUCGGUACUGUCUCUUGCGUAGCAGAGAACGCGGCUGGUAGAGCGGUUUGUAGUGCUAAAGUCGAAAUUGAUAGUGGAUCGGUGAAACCGGAUGCAAGUGAAGUAAAAAAAGUGUUCGAGUUAGUUCCGUAUUCUCCCAUGGACAUAAUGCAUCCUGCAAGCAGUAGUGAUAAACACUUUUUAAGUGAGAAAACAUAUCAUGAAGGUGGUGGUGAGAGUCAGGUAUUGACCAAAAUGUCGUCGACUGUUACACAUUCUUCAACAACGUCCAUGAAAAAGGAAUUCUUAUCGUCGACUAUGACUUCUACUUUAUCACAAUCUGGACACGAACCUACCAGCGUUUGUACGAAAACAACUAUGCAAAGUUCUCAACAGUCUACCUCAGAAAAUGGAGCACCACCUGUCGUUCAGUCUCAUAAAAUCGAAGAGUAUGAAAAAAUCAUACAAAAACAGCCUGGCGAGAUGGAACAAAAAAAGACCGUUCUCGUAUGCGAAGAAACAGAAGGUGUUAAACAUAAUGUUAAAACAAAUCAAAUUCAAAGACCGUCUAGGAAAUUAAUAGCACCAAGAUUUAUUUCACCGAUUACAGGAAUAAUUGUCGACCAAGGAACUGAUGUAGUUCUUGAAGGUAUCAUUGAUGGUUUUCCACAACCAACGAUUCUAUGGUCGAAGAACGGUCAAGAGUUGAUAUUAAAGGAUAAUAUAAAAAUUAGUUAUGCUCAUAAUCAUGUAAAAUUGGAACUGAAAAAUGUCAAUGCAAAAGAUGCUGGACGAUAUACCUGUACAGUGAGCAAUGACGUUGGAACUGCUAGUAGCACGGCUGACUUGGUCGUUAAAAAAACAAUAUUUCCCCCGGUUUUCGGCAAGCGCCUCAAAGCUCAAGUAAUAAAAAAGGGAGAUCGUGUUAUUAUGGAAGUAGAAAUUACUGGUAUUCCUGAGCCAAUAGUUAAUUGGUAUAAAAACGAUGUUCUAAUUAACGAACAACCACAAAAAUUAAAAAUUAUUCAACAAGGAAAUUGUUACAUAUUGGUUAUAGACAAGGUUAAAGAAGAAGAUGCCGGCAAAUACAUGAUAAGAGCGACGAAUGCCGGUGGCGAGGCGCAGAGUAUCGCUGAUAUCGCGGUUUUCGAACCAAAGCCUGAUACUAUGGUCGAAGUACAUAAAACUGUCAUUUAUGAAAACAUCCAGGAUAAAAAUGUCAUCCAGUCCGAAGGGAAAAAGGAAGAGAUAUCAUCAGAUACUUUAAUGAGCGAACAGAUACCAACAACAGCGUUAAUUGAAUUGCCCAAGUCUGUUACGAUAUCGAGUACAAUUGAUACUAUGCAAAAGGUCACCGAACCAGAAAUAAAGACUAGUAAAUCGGAAACGUUUUCAUCUACAAUCGAAUCCCAUGAAACCGAAACGAAGUCAGAACAGAAGUUCCAUAUGAAACUUGAACAUAAAACUCCAUCUAUUGUGGAGUCUAAACCUCGAAUCGAGCAAACGAUCGCAACAAAGAAAAUCGACCGUGACAAGGAAAAUGUUACGAAGCCAUUAAUAAAAACAGAGGAAAAAUCAACGAUUAACAACGAAAACAUAGAAACUUCUACGAUUGUAAAAAAAGAUGCAUUGAGUUUCUUCGAGUCCAUUACGAAGGAAAGUGAGAUAAUGCCAAAAGGGCCAAAGGAAAUGAUUAAGCUAACAGAAGAAGAACUUCAAGGAGCGAAAGUUGGAAAAUUAACAAAGAAUUAUGAGCAAGCAACUAUUUAUCAGGAAACAAAGAAACCGGAGGUAAGAUCGUCAGACUUGCAAACAAUGAAGAAGGCCGCUCAGGAUAUUUUUACCAAAUUAGAACAAGGAUCAUCAUCUCGUGGAGUAGAAAAUAAGCUAUUUGAAUUUCCAUAUGAGAGUUCUAAGUUGCCUUCAAUGGAAGUAAAAAAAACUGUAGACGAAAAGACAUUUGUCGAUUCGUCCAUUUCGCAACUACAAAAUCAAACGGAGAAUUUUAAAAUGAUGAUGAAAAGUUUUGAUCUUGUGCCAGAACCACCUCCUGAGAUAUGCUACAUGCCAAAACCAGAGGAGAAAAAGAAACGACCUGAUGUAUUUGUUAAGGCAAAACAGCUUCAAGAAUCUUUUGAUAAAACAUUAUCUCCAAUAGAUGCUCCGAUCGGAGGUGUAAAGAUCUUUCCUACGUCUAUUUCAAAAGUAACAGAACCUGUCCUCCCAGUUACAAUACCACCGCUCUUUGAUCUCGAGAAGAAAGAAACAUUUGAAGAAACAUGCAUACAAAAGAAAGAUGCAUAUGAGAAGAAGGAAAGCAAAUACUUUAAAGAAGAAAAGAUGGAACCAUGGAGAUACGCUUCAACGUCUGUAUUGAGAAGUAAUUCUCCUAUUAGACCGUGGUCAUCAUCAUCGGAUGUGGAAACCAAAUCGCACGUGUCUACAGAUCUAUCAGAAUAUAGAUGUCAUUCAGCUGCUUCUAGUCAGCAAGAAAUUUUAAGACCUACAUCGCCGAAACCAUCUGCGGAUGCAUUGGCAAUGGAAAAAUCUUGGGCGAAAAAAUGUGUAGAAUCAAAUAGAAAAUCAUGGCCACCACAAACUAAACCUAUUCAAAAAUACGAAUGGAAUGUUCCUAUUGAAGAAUACAGAAGCUCUUCGAAAGAAUUUCAGCAGAAAAUUGAGGAAAUACCGCAAGGCAUAAUAAAGAAAAUUAAUACGGAAUCAUGUGCCAAUGUAGAGAAACAGUCAUGGUGUACUAAAGAAGAGUUCACUGAAAUAAUAGAAGCAUCUCCGCCUACGAAAUUAGGUCCGAUAAUUUAUAAUGCCGAGACAAUUAAAGUCGAUCAUACCGUAAAUACUGUGCAAGAGAAAGCUCUGUUUGAAAAGUAUAUUACUGAAUGUAACAUGAAAAAAUCUGAAACGACACAGAAAUCUGAAGAUUUUAGCUCAAAACGUUGGACAGAAGACAAAGAGUUGAAAGCACCUAGUUUGGUAAAGAGAGUCGAACCAACUACGAAAUCAUUUCCGACAUCACAUCGUCUUAUGGAGACAGAAAUAGACUCUAUCGCUAUCAAGCCAGGAUCUCCUCCGGAAAUUGGAUAUAUAUCAUCAUCUUUUGCAAAAGAAAAAACUAGAUUGGAGCAUACCACGACAGUAGAAGAAAGAGUAGAGGAACCACCCAUACUUCCACCAAAAGAUGUACGCAUUACACCACCGUCUGUUCCAGCCAAAAAACCUGUCAAAUUCUCGACACCACUUCCGUCAAAAUUUGUUAAGGGUUCCUUUAGUCAUGAAAGUGAUUACGAGUCCGAUUUUGAUAGUCGUCCAAAAGCAAAAUGGAGACCUUACGAGAGUGACAACGAAGAACCACAUUAUCGAAGAGUUAAAGCACCUGUUCCGAAACAGUCGACGAGGCCAAGAUCUACUGAACCUGAGCCACUUCCACCUUCAAAAUUUGAGACUCCUGCACAAUUUACAGGACCAUCAUCACUCGUUACCAUAGAACCUUCCGAAAAGGCAGCAAGAAAAAUAAUAUUUAAACGACAUGAAAGAGAAGUCAAGCAACAACAACAGCAAAACUUAAUACCUCUGAAACCUGGUUCUCCACCAAUUUAUGUACAGCCAAAUACAAAGAGUUUGGUGCAAAAAUCUUCUGUCAAAAAACCGGAAUCACCAAAGUUUAAAACAAAAGUUUUUCAGCAAGAAAGUGGUUAUAUGGCAGAUACUGAUGAACCAUUUCAACAGAAGACUUCAUCUGUGACUACGCAAAAAUUUCUUGGAAAACACAACGGACUUUCAACAAUAGUUCACACUGAGAGCCGAACUACUGAGAAUAGAACGAAAUCCUUUGAAAGUCAUAAUUACGAAACUGAUCAUUUGCAAAAAGACGAAUCUUCCUUUGUUUUGCCAUCUAUUUGUAGUGCACAAGCGACAUCCAAAGCUGUUCAACAACGUAGCUCGUUGGAAAAGAGCUACGAAUUAGCAACUGACAGCAGUAAUCUGCGCAGAUUCGAAUCCAUGAAGGAAACGGGAUAUUCCCUAAAUCAAUUACAUAGAAAAUUGAUACCAGCAGAAAAAAUUCUGUCGAUUUCUCCGAGUCCUUCGAAAUUAGUGAAGGGUGACUUCCGCGAGAGCGACUACGAGAGUGAUGAUGGUAGAAUAUUGUCAUGCCAUACAGUUAGCUCCACGAAAUUUAAUGUUGCCGAUUCAGGAAAACCAAUGGAAUCAAGUUCGUCUCACAAACAACAUACAGUAAUCGUACCAACAAAAUCGAAAACGGUUCUCCUACCCGGCUCUCCACCAGAAAUCGCAUAUGCACCACCUCAGCCACAACAACACUUUUAUGAAGCACAUACAAGCAUGCCAUUUACCAAUGCGAUGGGUACAGAGACAAAGAAAACCGUAAGGAUGGAUGAAUCAACAGAGAAUUCUAGAAGGGUUGUUACUGUUGAGCAAACAAGCCGCGUCAUAAAGUUUGGCGACACAAAUGCCACAACUGUCCAGGAACAGCAAAGAGCUAAUUAUUAUGUGCCUAAACCGAAAAAAUUCGUACAAGGACAAUUUCGAGAAUCUGAUUACGAGAGCGAUGUAGAUUCAAGCAGAAUUCGACCCAAAUGGGCUCCAGCAGAUAGGGACACGGAGGAUCCAUAUUAUCGAAAAGUUCAACCACCCACAGGAAGGAGUCCAAGAUCUUCGAGUGCAUCGACAUAUAAUGUAUCACCGAUGGAGUUGGACACUAGUUUUUCGUCGCUGACACAGAUCCAUAGAGGAGAUAUAGAUAAAAAGAUUAAUUUCCAAAAAUAUCAGCAAUAUACAACUUCCGAAAAGAUUGAUAAUGUUUUACAGCCUGGUACACCGCCUGAAUAUGGAUUUAUCUCGAAAAGCAACGUAAAAAAAGCAGCAAGUCACAUUGCGUCAUGUCACAUGAAUGAUAUGACGAGCAGCUUCAAAUCAAAAACCGAAAAAUUUGUAAGUGAUAUCCAAUCAGAUUUGAAACAGGGUAAAUCGAUUUUGAAGCAUACUAAUGACUCCAAAAUAACUGAUAGUGAUGAGCCAAGAACUUAUAGAGAAGAAUCGCGAGUCUCUGAACAUGGAACAAAACAAAUUGAUCCGGAUACUGGACUCGUAUAUUUCAAGUACGAUUUUGGCUACGAAUUUGGUAUCAUUUUACCCGGCGAAGGUAAAAAGACGGUUGAAAGCAGCAAGAAGAAGAUUCAAGAACAAAGACGUUCCAGUGACAUAGAAGUGCCUAUAAUCCAUGAGUUUACUGAAAAGAAAACAAAUGGUUUUAUGAAAAAGGGCACAUUUUUGAACCGUCAAAACAAGAUAGAAAAUAAAUUCGAAAACUCAAAGACUGUUAAAUGGGAGCCAACAUCAGAAAGCGACUUUUCUGAAGCUGAAGAUUUGAAAAAUCUCAAUAAAAAACAAUCGAAGGGAGCUAGUAUAGAAAAUUCGAUGGCGCUUUCAAAUCUCGUCAUACCUAGUUCUGUAUCAUCAUCAAGAUGGGAUCAUACAACGCCCAGUCCGCUUUCUCUUAGUCCAAGUCUGCCAAGCCUCUCUCCAAGACAGAGUAGCGCCACUGGACCACCUAGUAAUGUGGAUUCUGCAGGUUCACCUUGGCCGCUUAACAACGGCGUAUCAUCGAUUACAGAAAUAAUUCAACCUUAUAUCGAAGUUUUACCGAAGAAAGCUCCUAUAUUCAUUACGCCACUGAAAGGUAUUGCGGUAAUAAGCGGACAACCAGCUAGAUUCGAAUGUAUUGUUCAAGCAGAACCACAACCCAAUAUUCUAUGGUCAAAAAAUAAUAGAAUCGUAGAAAAUUCUAAGAGUCACGAAAUUCAAUACAGAAACGGCAUUUGUCGUCUUACCAUAAUGAGAGCUUUACCUGAGGAUGCCGGGACUUAUGCAUGUACGGCAACGAAUAGUUUAGGUUCCACCAUAACUUCUGCCAACUUGGAAGUUCCAGAUAUUAUAAAGCAUCAGCAAUUUCCUACAAUAUUAAAAAUCUCAAAGACAAUUCGUUACGAGAAGAUUUCCCACAUUGUUGAUGAUGUACGUGCAUAUGUUUUUAGAAUAUGGUGUGUAGCGACACUAGAAUUUACAAGCGCAGUGCGCAGGCAAUGUGCUCUUGCAGAGUCGCAAUCAGGACCUAAUCGUGUGGCUAAACUUGGCUGAGGCUACGUACAUACAACGAGAAUGAUUUCUACCGCCAAAUUCCAUCAAGAAAGAAAGAAUAAACAUAUUGAAUAAACUGAGACGAAAACUAGAGAGAGAGAGAGAGAGAGAACGAUGAGAUUGCGUAAAUCUUGAACAUACAUACAAU